AUGGACUUUAGCAAUGUGGUUCAAGAAGUAUUGCUGAAGGGGAUGGUGACCUUGCAGCACCAAGUCAUGCGUUUUUUGACAAAUCCGCACAAGCCAAUGAUUCUCGCAUUAUUGAGACCAGAUCCGAAAAAGAAUUUAACCACUCUUAUGAAAGCCUUCGGAGAAUGCCGCCCCCUACGGGAGCUUGCUAAUCUUACUCUAAUAAUGGGAAAUAGGGACAAUAUAGACGAGAUGUCCACCGGAAAUGCUAGUGUGCUGAUAACUGUUUUAAAAUUGGUUGACAAAUAUGAUCUUUAUGGGCAAGUCGCUUUCCCUAAACAUCACAGGCAAAGUGAUGUUCCAGAAAUUUACCACCUUGCUGCCAAAACAAAGGCUGCAGCGCAUGGACUCCCUAUGGUGGCAACUAAGAAUGGUAAUCCAGUUGAUAUCCAUCGGGCACUGUACAAUGGUCUGCUCGUGGACCCUCAUGAUCAGCAAGCAAUUGCUGAUGCACUGCAUAAGUUAGUAUCAGAGAAAAAAUUGUGGGAAGAGUGCAGAAGGAAUGGGUGGAAGAACAUACACCUCUUUUCGUGGCCUGAACAUUGCUGA